UGUGGUGGUGUUCGCACCUGUGUACUUUGUGUUAUGAGUAGCUUUCAACUACAAUUUACAGAUGCUACAUUCGGUGUACAACGUUGCAUAGCCCUGCACACUCAAACCUGUGCUUCAUUUCCUUCCAAAUGCUUUUUUAUAAAUAUUGUGGCCUUGUUUCUGAGGUAAAACGAAAAUAUUCUGGGUGCAGCCCAUAAUGAGACACAAUAAAGCAUAAACAAUUCAUUUAUUUUUUCAGAUGUAAAAAGUCAAAGACGGCGGCUGAAGUAAAUGCAAUACCAACUGAAAACCUGCAAAGGACGUCAUGUUAUGAUGAGAACAAGGAUGCUCGUAUGAAAGAGCUUUCACUGGCUAGACUUCGCCAACAUGCGUAUCGGUCAGCCAGAAAUGAAUCAAGCAAAGAAACUGCUGCCUCCCCAUUAGAACCAAAGGUGUUGCCCCAUGCACCUGUCAGCACGACCACCAUGGACAAUCUCCCAUCCCCUGACAGCAACAGCAUGGACCAAAUAAGUGACAAAGGAAAUAUGGAAUGUGCUUGCCAGCCUGGCCCUCGGACAUUAAUGGCAGAGUACUCAAGAGAAGAAAAAGAUGUGGCAAAUUUCCUAUUAGAAAUGGCUUCAGGGACAAGGCUUACAGAAAGCAAGGCUGUCCAAAUGACAUCGGGUUGUUUUCCACAGAAGUUUGUGGACACGAUAAAUAGUAGCAACGUAGAAACGUUCACAGGCCUGCCAUCAUUCAAUGUUCUGAAUGCUCUUGUGACGUGCUACACAAAAGUUAAUCCACUUUCAGAAUGGCACCAGUUAUGUGUAAAAACAAUUGCAGUGACAUUGGCAUCAAACGAGCCAUCCAGCUACAAGUAA